AUGUUCUCGGUAUUCCGCAUACUCUACUCAUUCAUAUUUUUCAUCAACACCAUAGUAAUAUUGAACGAGUACAGAUUUCUCGGAAAACUUGGAUUGCCUUUACAGCCAGAAUACCGAAGUAACCUGUCUAAAACACGGCAAAAAAUUGUUGACCUGAUAAAGGCUGUGCGCACUGUAUGUAGCAUACCGCUAAUCUUUUUGAAUGUAUUAGGAAUUGUUUAUGAAAUAUUUUUGGGAUAG